AUGGCAGCCCCUGCGCGAAAGCGAGGCUUUUCGGUAGUAAUUGUUGCUAAGGCCAAUUCAUCUCUGUUUAUGUGCUCCAUUGAUUCAAGUAAACCGGCGAGAACAAAGUUUGCAUCCGAAGCAGUAGUCAAGAAAAGCUUAGAAAAGACUUAUUCAUGUUUUCGAGGUCGCCUGUACAUUAAAGACGAUGCUAUCCCAUCCAUAUUUGCGUGGUCCGUGGCAUCUCCAAAUCGAAAAUCACCGCGAAAAAGGAACUAUGUCGUUGAGAUACCCUCUUCUUGUCCGACAAUGGAUAAUUUGGCGACCAAUGAAAACAACAAAGAGGAUACUCUGGACAAAGAAAUCGCCGAUUUGAGGGCACAAGUCGCCACACUACUGGAGGAAAGUUUAAUUCUUCAAGAAACCAACAAAGAUCUAAUAAAAUCAUUCGACGAACAACUGAGAAACCAGUUCGGCAUACUUAAGUUUAAAGAGUCAGAUUCAGACGUUAACUUUUUCACAGGAUUCCCGAACUAUCAGACCCUGCUGACCUGUUAUAAUUUUCUAAAUCCGGGUACCAACAGAGAAAACAUUGCCUACGUUUCCAGUGUAACCGACGAAGUGGACUUCAUGUGUGCUUCAAGCAUAGAGAGCAAGGGAAAUAAACCUGGCAAGCGACGAAAACUGAGUACAUUGGACGAAUUUUUUAUGGUGCUUGUGAUAAUGAGGCUUGGUUUGUUUAAACGUGACUUAGCUCAUAGAUUCCACAUCCAUCUGUCUACUGUCAAUAGGAUCUGCAUUUCAUGGGUAAAUUUUAUGUACCUGAAAUUCGGGUACCUGAACAUAUGGCCAGAUAGAGAGGCGAUUGAUAAAGCAAUGCCCCAAUCCUUUAAGGACAAGUACCCCAAAACAAGGGUUAUUAUCGAUGCAACCGAAAUCAAGUGCCAAACUCCAUCUUCACUGGUUAAACACAGUGAAACUUACUCCUCCUACAAAAGCCACACAACCUUCAAAGGUCUCAUUGGAAUUUCUCCCAGUGGCCACAUUACAUUUGUUUCACAACUGUAUGUUGGCAGCAUUUCUGACAGAGAACUCACAGUAAGGUCUGGGUUCCUUAAACUCCCCUUUGCAUUUGGAGACAUCGUUAUGGCUGACAAGGGGUUCACUAUUUCUGACCUUCUUGAGCCUAUGGGCAUUGGCCUUAAUAUCCCCUCAUUUGUUGGUUCCAGAAGUCAACAGAACCCAUCUGAAGUAAUUGCUACGCAAGAAAUCGCGUCUGAAAGAAUUCAUGUGGAAAGAGCCAUAAACAAAGUUAAGAACUUUCAACUGUUUAAUCAGGUUGUGCCAUUGUCCUUGGCUGGAAGCCUCAACUAA